ACAUAUUUACUUUUAGCGUUUGUUGGAAAAACAGUAAACAAUAGCAAAUACAUAAUAUAGCUACGAAUGUUUACAUUUAUUAAUUUACCAACCCGGAACUCUCUUAUCCAAACAACGGUUUGCGCUAAGAAAAAAAGCGUAAGAUUGACCAGAGCAUGGCAAUUGGUAACUUCAGUUGGGAUUCAUGUUGUUUGUUUGUGGUGGUUCUCGGUGUCUAUAAUGCAAAUAUGAUAUUCAGCAGAACAGCUAAACAAAUCCGUUGUCAUCAGUACAAAAAUAUAUCUUUAAAUAGUAUUUUUUUUCUGACUGUUACCUUCGUCUGGACUCUGGUAUUUCACAGUCUGCUUUUUAUGACUAAGAAUUGGGGUGGGCUUUUUAGAAAAGCGCAUUUUAUUGGCAACUUAAAACGUCAAUCACGUUAAAUGCCCAUAAACGGAGUGUCAGGCAAUGACGACGAUGCUCGCUCACAGGCACGAGCGCCCUCAAGCAGGAACAUUCAACAUCUAGAUAUGUUUUUUUUUACCGAUUAACAUCGAUUUAAUCUCGAUAGAACCGUAUGUAUUGCAUUAACGCGUUUGUAGACUUGUUUAUAUAACAUUAUUUUACAUACAGUAAGUUUUGAGAAGCGUGUAUAGUGUUUAUAACGGAUGUGUUGAUGAAAGCCAAGCCAAAUAAACGCUGAACUAAAAGUCACUGUAAACAGAAAAGAUUUAAACUCAUCAUGGCCUCAGCUCAACCUCCAAAUUUCUCCUGGGUGGAUCCUGGUAAAGUGGCUGGAAUGGCAAUGCCCAGGAUGACCGCUCACUAUCAGUACCUGCUGAACAACGGCAUAAAGCAUCUGGUGAGCCUAAGUGAACGUAACCCUCCUUAUCACGACACCUGUCCAGAGCUGACCUUUCACCGCAUUAGGAUUCAUGACUUCUGUGCUCCAACAUUUGAUCAGAUAAAGAGGUUUCUGUCUAUAGUGGAGGAGGCCAAUGCAAAAGGACAGGGUGUUGCUGUGCACUGUAUGCUUGGUUUUGGCAGGACAGGGACGAUGCUUGCCUGCUACCUGGUAAAGAGCAGGAAAAUGAAUGGAAUUGAUGCCAUUAAUGAGAUCAGAAGCAUUCGACGAGGGUCCAUUGAAACUCGGGAGCAAGAACAAGCAGUGGUGCAGUUUUAUCAGCAAACUAAAGUGUAAAAUGGGAUAGGCUUCUAAAUCAUUUAUUUUUAUAAUAUGUAUAUGACUAAUGUACUGUAAAGCAAUAAUAUAUAACCAUAAACUUUCCAA